UAUCACCGACGUCUGUUCCCGUGGGUUUAUCGCUCUUCUGUUGAUACAGUGCUCUGCGAGUUCCCCCUCUUUCAGUGCCGCACGCACCAGGCGCACGCAAUAUUGCUUUCCGUAUGGUUCCCAAAAACAAGCAAGCUUAUGCGUUGCAUUUAACCCAUUUAGUCUUCUUGCUGCAAAGAAGCUUCAUGACACAUUUCUGGCAAUGAGCCAUUUUGAAGGUUUUUAAUUGUGAAGACAUCUUUUCAGUAAGUGGUUUAGAAGAGCGCACUUCCCAUGCACUAUAUUCGGAACAUGCAGUUACAGGUACCGCGGACAACCGUAUAUGCUGUUAGUUGUAUCGCUGACGAGUGCAGAAGUCCGGAUGACAGAUGGUCGAGACACCUAUGCCCCACAGGGCUACCAUCUGCAGGUGCCAUUGCUUGAGUGGCAGCCCAUGUCACCAACCAUCAGGUGUCGAUAUACACGUAAAACAUAUGUGAUAGCGCUUCUGUGUGCUGCGAUCCUCGUUACUUGGUCGGUUGCUAGUUUUCCUAAGCACAAAUUGUGGCCAUACGACCGACGCACCGUACCGCAGCGAGGGGCUGCCAAUAUAUUCUUCAUAGAGACAACAUGCGCCAUUGAGGACGUUCCGUGGACGGGGCUGCGCCCGCGGCAGGCGUGCGCCGUGGAGUCUGCGGUGCGCCACAACCCUGGACGACCCGUGUACGUGCUGCACACGUGUGCAGCGCCCAUCUGGGGGCUGUCGCUGCCGGCCGGAGCCACAGCUGUCCACGUGACGCUGGAGGAGUUCCUACGCGACACGCCUCUCUACACAACACUCAUAGAGUACGCCGCUCUCGCCAACAGCGCUUGGCCCGUCCACCACGCCUCUGACGUCAUGCGAGUCAUCGCGCUUUGGAAGUACGGUGGCCUCUACCUAGACCUGGACUUCGUCGUACUGAGGAACCUGUCUGAGUUGGGUGAAGACUGGGCUGGAGCGGAGGACAACAGAACGGUUGCCAACAGUGCAAUGCAUAUGUCUGCACAGCCCGGCUCAGCAGGGCAGGAGAUGGCGAAGGCCUUCAUCGAAACACUGCAGACAGACUUCGAUGGGCAGCAGUGGAUGUACAACGGUGGCGGGCAUCUCACGAGAUUGCUAUUUAUCCGCUGCAACGUAACCAGCGUGGUGGCCAUGACGAACUGCCGUGGGUUCCGAGUUCUGGCGACGGAGCUGCUGUUCCCGGUGCACUACUCGCAGUGGGAGAGAUACUUCUGGGAGGAGGAGGUGGAGGGCGUGCUGGGUGACGCGCGGAAUGCUUACGCAGUCCACGUGUGGAACAAGUUCAGUGGCGAAGCCGAAAUUGUUCCGCAAAACUCAGCCUACGGGAUGCUUGCACGCCAAAAUUGCCCAGACUCCUUCAGUGCCGCCGAGGGCAGCUUCGGAUAAUGACUUCUCUUUUUAUGCACACAGUUUGUUCUCAGUAAUCGUCGACGCUAAUGCUGGUUAACAUUACCCAGUGCUACUUUGAUAUCGCGAUGUAGACGUACAACACCUACAUGAAAAACGUAGGAAUCGAACCCGUGAUUUGGGAAGUAAUGUGAUAUUUGUACAUGUGCCCAAGUGCUGGAAAAUGCAAUAAUUGAAGAACAUAUCUGUCUCGAGGCUCAAAUCCAAUGUCCGUCAGGUGAAAAUCCCUAGAGGAGGGGAUUUGGACAAGUGAGUUUCUUUGAAAAUCUCGCCGCAUCGCGGAUUUAGCCUAAAAAAAAAAAAGAGGCAAACUAGACGCCGGAUAGAAGAGGAUGAACCAUCACAAUUAAUUACAGUCUCUUUAA